GAUGUUUGCCGAUGCCCUUAGAUGUCCAACCCUAUCAGACCUCAAAAAUUGUGCCAUGAAGAAAAACAUUUCUGAAAUCAUCACAGCACAGUUGAAAGUGAAUCCAACCCUGAUGCUCGCCCCAUUUGCGCCUGUUGUCGAUGGACAUUUUUUAGAAGAUACCCCGCUAAUGGUUCUCACGAAAGGUAGCUAUCAAGACGAAGGCAGUGUGAUGAUUGGCGUCACACGAGAUGAAGGCUCGUUAGCACUUAUCUAUUUACCUGGAUUACAAGAAGGCAUUCCUGAUAGUGACAAAGGUCUAAACUACUCGGUUUUUGUGGAGAAAGUCAAUUCAACUACGUGGGUGCGAGGUCAAAACGAGGAGAUCUUAAACAGCAUCUUUCAAGAGUAUACUAACUGGGCCGACACCAAUGACGUUAACGCCACAAGACAGGGUUUUAUGGACGCGAACGCCGAUGCUAUAUUUAAGGCGCCCGCCAUUUUGUCUGCACAGCUCUAUGACAAAAUGGGCAUGCGCACUUAUUUCUAUCAGAUGGACUACAGCGCGGAACUAGACUUCGAAAACAAAACCGUCCCUGAGUGGAGAAGGGUUCCUCACGCUGCUGAUAUUCCCUAUGUGUUUGGACAUCCCUUGUUGAAGUAUCCCAAAGACCUCAACAAUACUGACGUAAAGUUUGGCAAGUUGGUUAUGAAGUACUGGGCUACCUUUGCCAAGACUGGAAACCCCAACCCAUCUUCAGGUCAGAAUGCAGUGCAAUGGCCUCUUUACACGACAGCGAAUAAGCAGUAUCUGUCUCUGAAGCCUACACCGGAAGUCAAGUCAAACCUACUGGCCGCAAGAAUGAAUUUCUGGAACAGCUAUUUAGGUACCUUGAAAUCUGAGAAAAAGAAGCCUUGUCCAGAGGACUUGACCCAAGAACCGCCGAACGAGAAAGAAAAGGCCCUUCUUGGUCUGGCGAUUGCUGUAGGAGUGCUGGGACUGUUGGUGAUAAUACUGAUCAUCGUCAUCAUCUGCUUAAAAAGAAAACUAAAAUGUUUGACUUUGUAUAGUACUAACCUCCAAUAGUUGUGUUUGAUCAAGGGCACUAGGACACCGAAUGUGGCUGGAUUUCUAUAGGGUUUUUUUUC